GGCCCCGCCCCGCCCUCGAGCCAACUGCGCGGCCUCACUCAACAUGGCGCCGGCGUCCGGCCCUUACGUUAGCAAGCGCAGGGCCUGCUGGGAGCCAUAACGCCGCUGCAGUGAUGGCGGCCCCGGGGGCGCCUGAGCCCGUGGCGCUGGAGCGGAUCGUGGGGGCCCUGAAGCUUCUGCUAAGCCCCGGAGGAUCAGAUUCCAGUUCACUGCAGAUCACAAAACACGAUGUUCUGUUGGAUACUUUAAAAUCUAACUUGUCAGCUUUGGACAGAAAGUUUGAGGAGGAUCCUCAGUGGAAGGAACUGAAGAGCUUGUGGGGUGAAAUCGCUAUGAGGGCAGAAUGGCCACUGAGCUCUCUGGACGUCACCUGGAGUUUUACUUCUCAGCUUUUAGUGCUGCUGUUGUGUCUGAAAGAAAGCAUGGUCCUGCUGGCAGCUAGCUUCCACCCACCCAAGCCAAAUCCUAGAACUGCAGAAGCCCCUCCUGCCCUAAGUCCUGAUACGCUCAGCGUCUCUCAGCAGAAGACCGUUCAGUCAGCUUUGCAGUUUGUGGUUACCUUGGGCAUUUGUCCCUUUCUUCUGCCUGGUGUUGGAAUACCCCUGCGAUGCCGGACAGAGUUUGGUGCUGUGAUUCAAGAUGUCGUCUCUUUUGCUGUGGCGCCCGGGGCGAUUCAUAGACUGUACACGAGUUGCAUCGUACUGCUGGAUAUUGCAAAACACAUGUCCCUGGGCAGUCUGAUUCUUGGUCGCCAUUUUGGAGACAUUGCAGCGGGGCUGUGCCAGCUAGGAUUCUGCCCCAUGAAAGGGAAAGAUGAACCAGCAAAGCCUUUGCAAGAAGGUCUAAAGGAAGAAGAGAGGACCCGGGCCAGAAAAGCCUUGCGGAGCAUUUUAGAUCAAGUCUACCAACCCCUGGUUGUUCGGGAGCUGAUUAUCCUCCAGGGAGGACCUCAACAGACAGGCUCAGAUAUGAAAACACAGACAAGUGCCCGGGCCCCAGCCUGGCUCCGACGUCUUUGUGGACAGCUGCUUUCAGAAAGGUUGAUGAGACCCCACGGCGUUCAGGCUGUGGUCCAGGGCAUCCUGGAAGGAGCCGGUGCUGGAGCAGCUGGUGGUGCUGGUGCCGAAGCAGCUGCUGCGGACUGGAGGAAGUGUGACAUGGUUGCUAAGAUUCUGGCCUCUUGCCCCCAACAGUCCCUUUCCUUAGAAGAUUACUAUCAGCAAAUCUGCCCUCAGAUUCUAGAUUUAUUGCAUAUUCAGGAUAAAUUGGUAGCUCGGCAGUUUCAGAGAGUUGCCACCACUACCUUCUUGACCAUGACAAGAGAACACCCUCAAUUGGCCACAAAACACUUGCUUCAGCCAAUGUUGGAGCGUCAUCGAUGUUCAAGUACAGCAGAGGUAUUAUCAGAGCGGGAAUUACCUCCAGGAACCAUCGUGGUAAAGGAGGAAGAACUCAGCCGCUGUCUGGAAGGUGUGUUUAAGGUGUUUGUGGUUGGGAAUGAGCUUGGUGCAGCCUUGCUGGAGUCCUUGCUUCCAGAUCUGAGGAUUGUUUUCUCUCUCUAUUGCUUUACUCGGCAGAAUGUGUCUCCCUUAAGGUCCUUUUGCCAAGAGAUCUUGUUGUGGAUGCUGAAGAAGCUGGAGAGAAAGGCAGCUCUGGCCGCUCUGAAGGGAUUGGCGGGUCUGGAUAGGUCAGUGCCUUCUCUCCAUCCUCUGUGUGAAUUCAGAGCUGCCAGUGAAGGCAGCACAAUGGUAACCAUCAAAGAGACGAGCAGUGACGAGGACGAAGUUCUGUAUCAGAAAGUCGCCUCGGAGCAGGAUCAGGUAGAGUUUCUGGUGGACCUGCUGUCUCAGUGCCAGGAGUGCGGUCUGGCAGGAGACUUCUUCAUCUGCUGUUUGGAGGAGCUGACACAUGUAGCAGCGGAAGAAAGCAGGGUUCCACCCGAGCCCCUCUCCCAUGGAAGCCUCUUGGCCCUGGAAGAAUACCGAAGUUUUCUCGUUGAAGAGCAGGAGAAGAAGCUGCUGACCUUGCACGUGGUGGCCGUUCUGUGCGAAAGAAUGUCCGAAACGGUCUUUACCAGUAUCACCCAGGUGGUGGAAUUUGUAGCAGCCACAUUGAAGAGAGCUUGUCUCAGCUUAACGCAGGAGUCAGAGAGUGUUGUGGAAGCACAGACUUUGAGUAUGUCGAUGGGACUGGUGGCUGCCAUUUUGGGAGGUGCUGUUCAGUUGAAAUCAAGUGACUUUGAUGUCCUGAAGAAGCUGGUGCCUCUGCUAGAAGAGGUGUCCUGCACGUACCCAGAGCCUGUCAUUCAAGAACUUGCCACCGAUCUCCGCAUCACCAUCUGUACCCACGGUGCCUUCUCCACUGAUGCAGUCAGCGCGGCUGCGGAAGCCACAGUGAAGACCAAAGAUCCAGGAGGGGGCAGGACGGAGGGACAGCCUCAUAUCAAACCUCAGAGUAGUUCUGAGGUUGAUGUGGUCCAGACACAGUCGGACCAGCAGCCCCAGCGCGAGAAAGCCAGCCACACAGAGAGCCCCUCUGCCGCUCCACCCACGUCCCCCGAGGCCCAAGGAGUGAGCCCCAGGCAGCAGCGCGUCUCGGCCGAGAGUUCCAGUGCAAACCGGAGGCCCAGAUGCGCCACCCCAGAACAGUUUCAGGAGGUUCUCUUGUCAGCCUACGACCCUGAAAUUCCAACACGGGCUGCUGCCUUGAGGACCCUUUCCUGCUGGAUAGAACAAAGAGCUCCCCAGGCACUUAAGACCCAGGAGAAGCUUCUGAAGGUAUUUUUAGAGAAUAUGGAGCAUGAAGACACCUUUGUGUAUUUGUCUGCUAUUCAAGGUGUUGCCCUGCUGGCCGAUGUCUAUCCUGAGGAAAUCCUUCCAUCCCUGCUGGCCCAGUAUGGGAGUUGCCCUGGAAAGUGCCCGCCAGAGACCAGGAUGAAAGUUGGAGAAGCCCUGAUGAGGAUUGUCCGAGCUUUAGGGGACAUGGUCUCGAAGUACCGAGAACCUUUGAUUCACACCUUCCUGAGGGGAGCAAAAGAUCCAGACGGGAGCCACAGGGCCAGCAGUUUGUCCAACCUCGGAGAACUCUGUCAGAGGCUGCACUUUCUUUUGGGUCCCGUGGUUCACGAGGUGACAUCUUGCUUGAUAGCUGUGGCGAAGACAGACCCUGAGGCCCAGGUGCGAAGAGCCGCUGUCCACGUGGUGGUGCUUCUGCUCCGUGGGCUCAGCCAGAGAGCCACUGAAGUGCUGAGAGAUGUCCUGAAGGACCUUUACCACCUGCUGAAGCACGUGGUCCGUUUUGAGCCAGAUGAGGCAGCCAAGCUGCAUGCCCAGCUCGCCCUGGAAGAACUUGAUGAAAUUAUGAGAAGCUUCCUGUUCCCACCACAGACGCUGGAAAAGAAGAUAGUGGUACUCCCAUAACAUGCCCUUCCACAGAGGAUGGUCAAGUUUGGAGCCUCAAGACAAGCUGGGCGGCAAACUUCUUCCAGAAAGGGGUCCCCCUCCCCUCCUGCUGUUAACAGUAUGGCCACAGAGGGGGCAGCUAGGUGGUGCAGUGGAUAGAGCACCAGCCC